CCGUUUGCGGGCCGAGCCCACUUCAGACACGCCGUGUCCUCCGCGUGGUCCACAUCAUCCUGUCCUGACCGCCUCACUUUCUUUCUCGCUUCCACUUUGCGUUUCUGUCUUUCUCUCUUCAUCUCUUUCUCUCUACCUCUUUCGCGCGAGCGUAUAUUCCUCUCGCUGCGCUCUCGCGCCCUUGCCACGUUCUGGUACCUGUGCUUGUGCCGCGACCUCCCUCCUGCCUCCGCCUCCGUCGACGCUCCACGUCCUCCUCGAACGCGUUUGCUGAGCGGCCGACCGCAGUUUGCGGUCUCCACCGCGAGUUUGCCCUCGCGUCGCGCAGACCUGCCACUCCGCCGGCUACCAGGAGUAACUGCACGUGCUCUGUGCCACGGGUACGAGGUGAUGAGCGCCGGCCUGCCGAGAAGAGGAAGAAACGAUCGAGGAAUCGCGGCUACGAGCCUGCGACUUCCGAUGGUGCAGCUUUUUCCGAACAAGACGGAAGUUGAACGCGUGGGUUACCAGUGAGCCUAACUAAAGUGCGGUAACGGAAGUGGAACAAUAAGGACAAGGAGUUAAGAAGGCUUUUCCGUUUGAUCCGAUGUUUGGCCCGACGUUUGAUCCGAAGGAAGAUUGACUGAUAAGAUUCUACGUUGGGAUUCUACGUUGCUUCUGUGCGAACAGUUACGUUCAGUGCGAUCCUGCUGACGGGAUGGUUAAGCCGUGAUCUUGAUGAUUGAUCGGACCUUUAAAGGAACCUUGCAGAAUGCGCGCUUCUUUCCCAGAGUAAAGAAAGAAACAUAUACCUCGUGAUUUCAUCAAUUCAAAAUCACAGAAGACUGCACGUUACACUAUUAUCGGAGCGGAAUAAAGAUAGAGGACGAGCUACGCGCGGAAGGAAAUGCCGAGAUAAAGAGCGGAACAGAGAGAAACUUUCUUGUCAUCUGACGUGUCCUUGUAGGUGUACCAUUAUACAGUCAACCUCUUUUCCGCUCUCUUUUUCUUUUUUUUUUCUAUCCAUCUUUCCGGCUUCGUGUCGCAUCCACGUCUCAUUGCCGUGAAAGCGAAGUCACUUCCUGCGUGAAACGAGGAGUGCGUGCGACGCACAUCAGGACGACGUCUCGCCAGGACGAGGCACGGCAACGCACACGUCGUGCAAUGUCGGCGAUUUGAACCGAGAAACCGGCAAGUACAACAUUGGGAAAGACCGGAGGUGAGCGGAGAACGUGGGACACAUCGCAUCUUCGAUGCGAAACUAGUUACGAGGGAAGUCUUCGAGGAGAUCGAAUGCUACACGGAAGCUGAGGAGCACCUCGGACCGAUAUCAUAAAAAAAUCAACAGAUACGGCACGUGAUCGCUCGUCGCCAUGCCGCACACUGGGCAAGCCGGGGUGAAUCAAUUAGGCGGCGUCUUUGUGAACGGCAGGCCGUUGCCAGACUGCGUGCGCCAGAGAAUCGUGCAACUCGCCAUGGUCGGCGUCAGGCCGUGCGAUAUUUCUCGACAGUUACUCGUGUCCCAUGGCUGCGUCUCCAAGAUACUUACGAGAUUCUACGAGACGGGAAGCAUCCGACCUGGCAGCAUCGGUGGAAGCAAGACGAAGAUUUUUCGGUCAAUUUAUAGACAAUGUUUCCUUAGGAAAAACAAUGACUUCAAAGCAACUUCAAAGCAAGUAGCUACGCCGACAGUGGUAAAAAAGAUUUUACGGAUGAAGCAGGAGCAGCCGACAAUGUUUGCCUGGGAGAUCCGCGAACAGCUCGCGCGACAGGGAGCUUGUGAUCCCCAGAGCUUACCCUCCGUAUCAUCGGUUAAUCGUAUUCUCAGAGGUGGCGGACUUCAUACCGAUAUCCCUAUCGAGGGAGGUGCAUCUAGUGGCUAUACGUCGCAAAUUCCGUCGAACGCUGGAGCUAGAGAUACACUCAUGAGAACGGAUUAUCAACUAUUCUAUCCGGGUGCUUUAGGACCGUUACAUAUUUCUACGAAUACUGGCAAUACCGGCACGUCGUCGUGGAAUCAAAGCUUUUAUUCAUCUCUCUAUCAAGCGACCACCUUACACUUGCAGCAUGGAAUGCAAUCCUUCGCACCUUUAGAUGCCGAACGUCUGUCGGAGCAAAACGGCGCACAGAAUCAGCUGGAGCUGAAAUCGAGCUCGAGCUCAACGGCCGGAAGCGACGAUUCUCUGGAUAAAAGCGAUUUGGAUGAGAAUCUGGUCGAGUCGCAAGAUCACUACAAGUCUUUUCGGAGCACACCGAUUAUCCUGGAGCUCAGCCAGAAAAUCGGCAGCGAUCGGAGCGCAUUCGUCAGGCACGGCACGCCUAAUUCACACGCCACGAAUUCGGACAAUCUGCGAGAGAGCCCAAUAUCGAUCGUCGAGACGUCGAAACGAGAUUCCCCGGCGUCGCACAGGAUUCAUGAGGCGAAGAACACGAAUCCGAGCACGACGAUGACGACGAACGAGGGAGCAGCGGUGGAGAAUCAACCGCCGCAGCCGCAAAAGAAGAAGAAUCCCUACUCGAUAGAGGAGUUGCUCAAGAAGGAUGAGAGCAAAUCUGCGUCCAGAAGGCCGAGAUUACCCAACAUCGGCGUGGUCCAACCGUGUGGCAUCAUCUUAAGCAAGGAAAUCUAAAAAAUCUUCGAUAAAUCAUUCUUAUCCGAGGAGAUGGAACGUUGUUGUCGGAGCGAAUACAUAUCGCUUUGCGUUAUGUGAAGUAUGGAACUAUAUCUAGAUUCACCAGCGGUGAAUUCUCGCUCGAACGGACAUUAUACAAUGUGAACGUACAUCAUUGGCCAUAGGUAUGUGUGUAGUAUUAUAAUAUUAUUAAGAGGUGUAAAGAAAAAUCGUACGAUAUAAAAUUCAAUGAAAAUUAAACAAGGGGGUCGAAGUAGCAGAAGUUGGUACCACUUGCGAUACAUGUACUUGAAAGUAAUUUCUUUGCACCUGAUGAAUAGCCCUUGCGGAUACAGUGAGAAGUAGCGAAUGUCUUAGAUGUCUAACUUAGAAUACCGAUUAAGGAGUUUGAUAGAAGAGUACCGACUAAGGAGUUUGAUAGAAAAUGGUUUUAGAAGCAAAUGGUUUUUGAAGCUUCUUAUUCCUUCUUUGAGAGAGAUAGAGAGACAAAGAACAUGGUUGUUCAGUGAAGUAAAAUGAAAAGAUAGCGCCAUAUGUAAUAUUAGAAUCGAAAAACUGUAGUAUCGAUCAUAACUUAGUGAAUUAUAUGUAAUCCUUGUGUAAGUUAACUUAUAAUUAAAUUAUUUUCAUUCCUCCCGUUCCGCGUUGCUAAUCUUGAUCGCCGUUUCUCGCUGACGAUCGACACACGGCUGUUAACUGCUUCGAGAAUCUAAGAUUUCGCUUAACUCUGUAAUUGCGUGCGGCUAGUUAAGAUCGGCGAAAAAAAAUAAGAAAAAUGCUUGGAAAUUCCCGGGAGAAGUUUCCAAUACUUUCACUGAUUUAUCUUGAAUAGUCGAUCGCGAAUCACUGACGGUGAAAUAUUAAUUAACGUUGCCAGUAUUUCCGGACGGUAAUUAUUAUGCCAAUGUUGAUGCAAGAAAUUCAGCACAAGCUAUCAUGUCACGCAAUAAAAUUCAUACAUUCCACCUUUGAGAGUCAAGACAUAACUCAUAAUAACCGUCGACACAAAGGAAAACGCGCGAUAUAAAAGUUUCAAACAGCGGAAAUGUUUUUUUUUUUUUUUUAAUCAAGCUUAGCUUGAGCUGAAUCUUGAAACGCGUCUUCAGCAGCUCGCUCGACGGUAUCGCUCGGAAAAGAAUGUCGAGCAGGCAAUUAUGCGUCCGUGUCUCCAUUGUAGUUCGCACUUUAGAGCCCGGCGCGAAAUAGCCGCGCGAUGCCGUUAUACAUGGCGCGGAGAUCGGGCAAUUAAAUGAAAGCCUAAUAAACGAACGGCUGUAAAGCACGCGGAUGAAGACGUACACGUAAGAAGCCGCGGUGGCGGCGCAGUAAAGCCAUAAACGAUUUGGUUGAGGGUGUCAUACAUGGACACGCCGUGUGUGUAUACCUUGUAAAAUACGACGAUACGUCGCUCGCGUAAAAAAAAAA